GUUAGGUCGAAACUUUGUAGAGCAAGUUAGUCAGCCUCGAUCCUCAUCAACAGGGCGAUCCACGAUUUCUGUUCGAACUUCAUUGAUGCCGUCUAGUAAGUCAACUUUAAGGACACCCGUAGCUAUACCUGCCAUUGAGCCUCCAGCCAUCAAGACCCGAGAUAAAAGGUUUAAUGCUGAUGUAGGGCAGCUUAAGAAAGAUAACGGAGAUCAGCGUGAAGCAUCUGCACUUCGUGAUGAACUUGAUAUGCUACAAGAAGAGAAUGAGGGCAUACUUGACAAGCUUCGGCAUGCUGAAGAAAGACGCGAGGAAGCAGAGGCUCGUGCAAGGGAGCUUGAGAAACAGGUAGCUGCCCUUGGAGAAGGUGUUUCCCUUGAAGCUAAACUCUUAAGCAGGAAAGAAGCAGCGUUGCGUCAAAGAGAGGCCGCUUUAAAGGCAGCAAAGCAGACCAAAGAUGGCAGAGAUGAGGAGAUUGCUUCUCUUCGCUCAGAGCUUGAGAAUAUAAAGGAUGAGACAGUAACAGCUGUGGAGCAGCUACGGGAAGCAGAAUCUGAAGCUAAAGCACUACGCACGAUGACACAAAGAAUGAUUUUGACUCAAGAAGAGAUGGAGGAAGUAGUUUUGAAGAGAUGCUGGCUUGCUCGAUACUGGAGUCUAGCCGUGCAACAUGGAAUUUGUGCAGAUAUAGCAGUGCCAAAGCAUGAACAUUGGUCUGCUUUUGCUCCCCUUCCAUUUGAGGUUGUCAUUUCUGCUGGGCAGAAGGCCAAGGAAGAAGUUCGGGACAAAGCAGUUGGCAAUAAUUCGGACAGGAGUAAGUCUGCUCGUGAUUUGAGCGAUUUAACAGGAGAAGGAAAUAUUGAGAGUAUGCUUUCAGUUGAAAUGGGAUUGAGGGAAUUGGCUUCUUUGAAGGUUGAGGAUGCUGUUGUGCUUGCGUUGGGUCAGCACAGACGAGCAAUGCUUGUUACAUUUUGCUUGUCAGAUUUGAGAACUCUUGGUGAUCCCAAGUAUUCUGAAGCCGUUGGAUUGAGUGAAGCGGAGGCAGAAGAUGUUCUUUUCAAAGAGGCAUGGCUAACAUAUUUCUGGAGAAGAGCCAAAGCGCAUGGUGUGGAAGAGGAUAUAGCAGAAGAACGUCUUCAAGUCUGGAUCAGUCGUAGCGGGAAGACGCCCACUUCGCAUGAUGCUGUCGAUGUUGAACGAGGAUUGGUUGAGCUAAGGAAGUUGAGCAUAGAGCAACAACUUUGGGAAGCAUCACGAAAAGAAAUCGACCAGUCCUCACUUGCCAAUCAUAAAUCUACGACAGAUUCGGACAACUCGUCGUAGGGCAACUUUGUGGAGACCCUUUUUUUGUUACGGUGAUUAUACGCCUCCCUAGGGGCUUCAUCUUGUUUGUUCUUCUGUAAGUUGUUGUAUCGUUAGUUUUCUUUGUUCUUCGCAUCAUGUGUAAUUCUUCUUUUUUCGACUUUAUAUUUUGGUUCAUAACCCUCUACAUUACAUGUAAUUGAUUUCUCAGUGACAGUGGGAUGAUAGGCGGAUAGAUGCCUAUGUUUGCCAGAUUGCGCAUCGAUAGAGAUCAUGCCCAAUAUAGUUUGAAUGUAAGAUUAUUUUCUAUAUACAGUAGUUAUCUUCUUCCCGAGGAAAUAGGAUUGAUUGGUAUUUUAAUAUAUUUUGACGUGU